AUGGACGAGUUACCUCCAGAGCUCCUGGUGAAAAUCCUGAACCGGCUCAACGAUUCCGCAGACGUAGCUCGAUGCCGAGUCGCUUCCAAGACACUGAGCUCGAUUUGGCGGGAGGUUCGCUCCGUGAACCUCAUCUGCACCGUCUCCCGGUACUCGAAAUCCCGCUCCUCGAUCGCCGCGGUCACGCCGUUCAAGACGGUCUUCAAGAGCCUGAUCGAAGAUUCUCGUAACAUUGUCUCCGUCUCCGUCGGCGUCGACAAGGCGCUUAGUGGGAUGUCCUUUGACGACUUGAUUGACGAAGACUCCGACGAAUUGUACCUCACCGAUACCAAAUUCACGCAGGAUUGGCUCCCUAGGGUUCGCGAAGACCUUGAAAUCUUAUCAAUUUCAGAUUUCUGGAUUCAGUCUUGCUGGCGAAAGUCGGAAAUUUUGGCGCUCAUUUCUUCAAACUGUAGUAAGUUGGUGAAGCUAGAGGUGAAGAAUGCUUGGCUCUCAGUUGUUGGCUUGACCCAAAUGCCAAAUCUCAGACACUUAACGCUCGAGUUCAUACGACUCGACGACGAUGAGAAUCUAGAGAAGGUCAAUGAGUGUUUCCCAUUUCUUCAAGUGCUUAACUUGAUCGGCGUUGGAGGACUAAAGGAGCCGAGAAUCAGUUUCCUUCACCUAAAGAGCUGUCACUGGACGGUGUCGAACGCUCCACUUUCCUUGGCUAUAGUGGCGCCAAACCUCCUUGAGCUCGAGCUGAAAUGCAACAAACCAAAAUCUCUUCUCCUCGAAACGCCCAAGCUGGUGAGUUUCCAUCUUCACGUGGAGGACGCGGAAGGCGUUGCUUUCGCAGAGCUUCAAGAUCUGAAUAGUUUAGAGCUUGUAUCUCCUGACAUGUACAGGCUAGUGAGAAACACCCAAUUUGGCAACAAGAUCAGAAACCUUGCUGUGGAUUCAGUCAAGUUUCCAAGGCUGAAACUUGGACUUGGAACACUCCUCGAAGCAUUCCCUGGCAUUGUUUCUCUGAGGUUGAGUCCUGUGACUUGGUCAAGCUUCGAAACCCAUUUCCAAACCGAAGGUCUAGUACUUAUGAAGGGGACAGAUAGUUUGAAGCAGAUAACGGCGCGUGUGCAGACGCUGGAUCGUACCUCUGUGCAUCAAACAGUUUCUUUCAUAAGGUGUAUACUCGAUACCUGUAGAGGUUUGACAGACAUGAGACUGAUGAUUCACAAGGAUUCAGAUCCUAGCGUAAGAAGCAAUCUGAUCUCGGCGUGCACCGUGAGUAACCCGAGGUUGAGAUGGAAAUGGGGAAUGUGGGCUGAAGGAAGUGAAGACAUUUGGCUCUCUAAUGACGCAUUUAAACUAGGGUUUUGCAGAGACUGUAUAAAUAAUAUACUAACUCAUCGUCAUAACCUAACUCCGGCACGAGUCUCAUUCUCUCCUCUAUUUCCGCCGCCGUCUAGCUCUCUUCGGAUUGCAAAGAAGGUCGAAAUGGCGACAGUUCCAGGACAGCUUGUCUGGGAGAUCGUAAAGAGAAACAACUGUUUCUUGGUCAAACAGUUCGGUAGAGGCAAUGCUAAGGUUCAAUUCAGCAAAGAGAGAAACAACCUCUGCAACCUCAACUCUUACAAACACUCUGGUUUGGCCAACAAAAAGACAGUGACCAUUCAACCAGCUGACAAGGAUCAAGGGGUUGUACUCGGUACCACCAAGACCAAGAAGCAGAACAAGCCUAAGCUCUCUGUUAACAAGUCUGUUCUCAAGAAGGAGUUCACGAGCAUGUCCAAAGCUGUUGUCAACCAGGUUGUGGACAACUACUACAGACCUGAUCUCAAGAAGGCAGCACUUGCUAGGCUUAGCGUGAUCAGCAAAGGAAUUAGAGUCGCCAAGUCUGGUCCCAAGAGGAGAAACAGACAGGCUUGA